CAAAAGGAAGUUGGUAAAAAAGAAGCAGAAAUUGAUAAAAAAAAGCAAAAGGAAGUUGAUAAAGAAGGAGCAAAAGUUGAUAAAGAAAAGCAAAAGAAAGUUGCCAAAGAAAGAGUUAAAGUUAAUAAAGAAAAGCAAAAGGAAGUUGGCGAAGAAGAAGCUGAAAUUGAUAAAGAAAGCAAAGAAAAUUGUUGA